CAUUUAAAUCAAUAUCGAUAAGUUUUCGAUAAUAAUUCAGCUUGUAAACAAAAAUUGAGGUGUUUUAUGUGUGUGUUAGUUUUCCGACGUUAUCAGCUCUUUAUCACCGUUGGAAAAUUUUCCUUAUUGAUAUCGAGGCAAUCAUUUACAAUAAGCAGCCACAAAAGGACAUCGAACGAACUAUGGUUAGUUCCGAUGAAAGUUUACCACAACGUUUGCCACCCAUCGAUCGGGCUUUGGACCGUUAUCCAUAUUGUAUUGUUUGGACACCGAUACCAGUGCUUACCUGGAUAUUCCCAUUCAUCGGUCACAUGGGCAUUUGUAUGAGCAAUGGAGUUAUUCGGGAUUUUGCUGGACCAUAUCUGGUCACCGAGGAUAAUAUGGCUUUCGGCCGUCCCACACGCUAUUUGCGAUUAAAUCCGAAAAAUGUCGAUGGCGGUUCCUCUGCUUGGGAUGAGGGCGUAUCCAAAGCAUCAGUGCUGUACGGUACCCGCAUGCACAACAUCUUUUGCGAUAAUUGUCAUUCGCAUGUCGCCACUGCGCUGUGCAAUAUGCACUACGAAAAUCGCACCAGCUGGAAUAUGAUUAUUUUAUGCUUUUGGAUGUUUGUUUGUGGAAAAUAUGUGAACGUCUGUGGUUUCGUGAAGAGUUGGUUACCGUUUCUUAUAUUUAUAAGUAUUGUAGUUUUAAUGGCUGUGUACUUUUAGGACCUACAACUAAUUCAAUACAUCAACUAUAUUUAAGAUUCACGUUUAUUUGUGUGUAUAUAAGUGUUUUUUGUUUAAAUGUACAAAACUACU